AUGGCCGGUAGCGAGGAAGUAUUAGAAGGAUUUAUUUGUCCAAUAUGCAUGACAGAUUUGAAAACACCUCAUCAGUUAACUAAACAUUUUGAAGACUUCCAUAACGAUGAUACAGAAAUUUUAAAAUCGCUUAAAGAUCUUUUUGGCAAAGCUAAGAAAAAGAUUUUAAAGCAAGAUGAAAUAUCAGAAUCAUUUGCAGUUAGUAUACCAUCAACUACUAGACAUUGUAGUCCAGAACUUAAUUGGGGACCUCAAGAAAUAGGUGCAACAAAGUCACAUACAAAGUACUUUAAAGAAAUAAGAAAUAUGAGACUAGAGCGAUAUUCUACAGAAACAAAUAAACUCCUUAUAAGAUUAGAUAAAUUAUUAAAUAAUUUACCAACUGAUCCAGUUGAUAGAAAAGUUCAUGAGCGUACAAUUGUACCAUGGAUAGAUGAAAAAGAUGUGAAGCUGUGUCCUUCUUGUGCAAAAAGCUUUCACGUUGCAAGGAGAAAACAUCACUGUAGACUUUGUGGAGCUGUGAUGUGUAACAAUUGUACAAUAUUUCUCUCUUUACAAGAUGCAAGAAAAAUGACAAAUCCUGUAUCUGUACAAGAUGAUUCAGCAGUAUCUCCUACUUCCGAACGACCAAUUGCAGAACGUAUAGUACGUGCGGGUAUUGGUCUUACAAAAUUGGCGAGAUCACCAUCUAGUGGUAGUUUAAAUAGCGUACUAUCCUUGGUUAAUGAUUCGGCAGGUAGUGAACAGCAUUUCAGAAUUUGUACACAUUGUGCAAAUCUGCUUGAUGCCAGAGAAAAACAAAAAGCAAAGCAUUUUGAUAAACCAAUUGUAUGUCAAUUUUACGAAAAGAUGAAAACAUACAUGGCAGAAGCCUCGCAACACGUGAAAAUGUAUAACAAAAUGUGGGAAUCCUUAAAUGAAGGAGAAUCUACGUAUAAUUUAGAAGAUGCUCAAGCUUUAAAAAUUAAGAUCGGAAAAUUAGGCGAGAAUAUAGAUUUAAUUAGCCAAAGAAUUUCAGUACUUGGAACGAGAUGCGUAGAAAAUCCACCGCAAGAGCAAGAACUUCGAUUACAUCACAUGGUCAGGUUAUCUGCGGUGAAUUUUCUGAAAGAUGAAUUAUUGAGCAUACAAUCUUUACCUUCGACUGAGCGAUAUGAGGAGUUACAAAACGAACGACAAAAACGACUAGAAGCUAGAAUUGCGUACGAAAGACAACUGGAAGAAGAACAAAGAGAAAGAUCAAAAGAACAACGUAAAAAGGAAAUAUGGAAUCUUGAAGUGUCACCUUCUACAAAAGAAAAUCAGCCAACUGUGGUAUUAAAUCAGUCACAUGGUUGGGGUCCUUCUACUGUUACUCCUAUGAUGCCUUCUUCUAUGGAUCCCAUUAUUGAACAAAUGAGCAAUCUUCGAGCUUACAUUAAGCAAGCUCGAGCUGAUUGCAGGUAUGAUGAAGUUGCAACCUUAGAAAGCAACCUUAAAGAACUUCAAAGCGCCUACUUUACCAUGAAACAAAGUAACAAUAGCGAUGAAUAGAUCAUACACAUAUCUGCAUUUUGUACUAGGUGCUGCUGGUCCACAUUCCGGUCGUUUUGGAAG